UUCGUUCUUGAAAUUUCGCGCCAAAAGGAACAAGAUGUUCUUUGUCGCCAUUGGUUGAUUCGGCUCCGCCAUGAUUAUAAAGUUACCAAUCAGAUGCGAGGAUUUAGAUGUAAACAAACACAGCUGAUCAGGACCUUAGGGCGACGCACGGGUGGGUGAUGUAUCCACGUCGGACAUAAGUUACACCUUUUCAUCCUGGGAAGUUUAGAUAAGGUACGAAAUGUAAAUUACGUUUUGGGACCCUAUUGGCAGGAGAAACGCAGAAGAAACCGUCGCUGUUUAUGGUUUAUGGGUGCGUGUGAACCAGAAGACAUGUUCCCUUCUAAGACCCCCGUCCUUUCACCCGAGGCGAAGGCCUCCCUUUACGGAGACCACGAGAGGAAAGUGGGCGAAGGAUUGGCUGGUGUUGUGUACCUCACGAAGUUCGAAGGCGAGGAAGUUGUCUUUAAGGAGUGCAAAGGUCGUGCCGCUUUUGCCAUCCACGAGGCCGAACAGGAUGCCCUGGAGGCACUCGAAGGAGUUGACGGAGUUCCCAGGAUCCUCGGCGUGAGCUACGACCAGCCCCUUAUCCUGCUGAUGAGCUUCUGUGGGGAAAAGACAUUGAAGGAUGUGAUCAGCGGCCCCAAACUCCCGGACAGUAUUUACCUCUCCCUUCUGCGGUCUUUGGCGACGACCCUCUCGGGCAUCCACGCGCGGAACUACGUCCACAACGACCUGAAGACCGACAACAUCGUUGUCGACCGAGACCCGCCUGACGAGGGAGCCCGCGCGUACAUCAUCGACUUCGGACUCUCGCGACAAGUGGGCGAAAUACUCGUUACGAAUGCCAUCCGGUACGACUACCACGAAAACCUCUUCUGGAUGCCGCCCGAGAACUUCCAGAUGAAAUCAUGCGCAACUGCCGGUGAUCUGUGGUCACUUGGUUACGUAGUCAGGGAAGUGCUCCGGGAGGUCCAGUGGGAUAGAUACCCGAAAUGCUUGGACACCGUCGUGGACAAGUGCAUGGUGAUAGAUCCCAGCCAACGCAUGGCCAUCCCUGAAGUUAUUAUUUACAUCGACGACGCUGCUGGUACAAUGAAUAAUGUUGAUUAAGAUAGUGUUUUUAUUUUCUUCCUAGUCUGUUAAUGUUGAUCGGGCAAAGGCUUAUGUAUUCUCCAUUUUUUACUUCCUUGUUAAAAUGUAUAUGCUAUGUACAAAUUCUGCAUUUUUUAUACUUAGUUCUGAGGACUUUCAUUCUGUGUCAUGAUCAUGUGAAUAA